ACUGUCAGUCGCCUGCACGCACCCUCGCGCACGCCACCUUCUCCCCAAAGCCCUGCAUCUUAUCCUCCGCCUUCCGCGCUCAAUUCGCGUGCUCCAUCGAGUCGUCGUCCUCUCGCAAUACGCCCACUGGACCAUGGCUGCGAUUGCUCCGACGGUGCGUUGCGAUCCGUCUCGGCCACUCGCCGCUCAUCGUCUGAACGGCGCUCCGCCAUCUCGCCGCCGCACACGCCUCUCGCUCCCGCGCGUCUGCAUCGCGUCCUCGUCAUUGCCGACUGCUCUCGCCGUCACUCGCCGAUCCGUCUUCUCCCACAGCUUGUCGCAACGCGUCCGCCAACCACGAAGAUGUAAGUCCGCGCGGUGGCUCGUGCGCGCGGAUGCGUCGUCGGGCGAGACCGCCCCGGGCGGCACCGCGGAAGCCGCCAAGGCGUCCGACAGACGGCGCGCGCGGGUGGCGGUGUUCGUGUCGGGCGGCGGGUCGAACUUCAAAGCCAUCCACGCCGCGUGCGCCGACGGGCGCGUGAACGGCGACGUGGUGGUCGUCGUCAGCGAUAAACCAGAGUGCGGGGGAUGGCAGUACGCGCGCGCCAACGGCAUCCCCACGCUCGCCUUCCCCGUCAACGCCAAGCUGCCGCCCGCCGAGCAACACGGGCUCACGCCUGACCAGCUGCUCCAAGCCAUGCGGCAGCACGCGGUGGACUACAUCGUCCUGGCGGGGUACCUGAAGCUGCUGCCGGCAUCGCUGGUGGAGGCGUUCCCGCGCGCCAUCCUCAACGUCCACCCCGCGCUGCUGCCCGCGUUCGGCGGCAAGGGGUACUACGGCAUGCGCGUGCACAAGGCCGUCAUCGCGUCCGGCGCCAGGGUAUCGGGUCCCACGGUGCACUUUGUGGACGAGCGGUACGACCACGGCCCCAUAGUGGCGCAGGCAGUGGUGCCCGUGCUGCCCUUCGACGACCCACCCGCGCUGCAGGCGCGCGUGCUCGCCCAGGAGCACCGGCUGUAUGCGCGCGUGGUGGCAGCGCUGUGCGACUGCCGGGUGGAGUGGCGGGAGGACGGCGUGCCAGUCAUCCGCAGUGCGGACGACGACAACGCCUUCGAGUAGAGGAGCAGAGGGGGGCAUGUGUGGUAUGGGGGGUGGUACAUGGAUGUGGCCACGGAGGGGGCUGGUGGCUGUGCGCACUGGCAAGGAGCCUGAAAACAUGGUUUACCAUGGGUUGCAUGGACACGUGGGAGGAUGCUGGUGUGUUAGUUGAAUAAAUCUGAGAUGGCUCAUGCUUGGUCCAAUCAGGUACAUAGUGUUAGAAAAGCUAAGUGAACAGAUGGGAUAUAUCAGUUGGUGUUGUACUUGUUAAAGCCGUUGGCCCAAAAUAUACAAGAUUAAAAAAG